AUGGACCGUCCCGGACAGCCCUUCGCCCCAACCGAGUGGGACUCAAUCCUCAUCCGGUCACUUUCGGUCUUACCCAGGAUCCAAGCUUCCGUCGCUUCUCAGCCAAGCCAGCUGCACCCUGCCUUGGUCCAUCUAAGGGUCAUUCCUCGGGCCGGCUUCUCGAGCUCGAUCGCCUCCGACCAGCUCGGCCCGGACACGCUUUCCUACUUCGAGCUGUCCCAAACCAUCACCGAUGCGCUUAGUCCAGCGCGUGAGGAGACAUACCAGUCGGCCAUCCAUCUGCUCUACAAACUCGGCAGCUUGAUCUGCGACAGCAUCAAUACUCCCUUGGCGCUUAAUAGAGACGACUCUGGUGGUCAUCAACCUCUCCACAAUCAUCCGACGGGCUUUGAUUUUGAGCUCGCCAUCGAGUUCCCCAGUCUCAUCAGCCUCGCCAGCCGGCUCUCCGUCUCUCGAUCAACCGUCUCGCCUCAGUUCACCCGGAUCCACAUCCAGGAGAUCAAAACUUACUCUAUCAUCGGGAUCCUGCCCCAUGAACGGACCCAGAAACAAACCAUGCUUGUGAGCUUGCUCUUGUCGACCUGUACAGGCUCGUCGUUUGAUAUACAAGGCCUAACCCGAUCGGUUUAUGAGGCGGUCACUGAGAGCAGCUUUCAAACUGUCGAAGCAUUGGCCGACUGUAUUGCAAAGCAUGUCUUGGCUUUCCAAAACAAUCCAUCCUCGAAAUUCAUUUCCAAAGUUACCGUCACUGUUGAGAAGCCUGAAGCGGUCAGUUGUGCAUCCGGCGCCGGCGUGGAAAUCACCCGAUCAUCGAGUUGA